ACAACACUUGCAUUUGGAGCCGCGUAUGUCACUGCUGAGAGGGUGAGACCGCAAAGGUAAAGAUUUCCGAAGAUCUUGUCAUCUUGUCUCGUCAACUCCCACAUGGCAGUAAACUCACUCAAAGAUUAAACCAGGUACACUCAGCUCCAGAGCAUUGCCUUCGUAGAUGCCGCUCAGUCUCCGUCUUUGCAAAUGGCUUGCUGCUUGAAGGACGAGCUCCUCUGUUCAAUCUGCCUCAGCAUCUACCAGGACCCCGUCAGCUUUGGCUGUGAGCACUACUUUUGCCGAAAGUGUAUCACCGAGCACUGGAGCAGACAGGAGCUUCACGGAGUGCGGGACUGUCCUGAGUGCCGGAGGACCUUCACUGAUCCUCUCCUCUCGCCGAGCCUCAAGUUGUCCAACAUUGUGGAGCGCUACUCGGCCUUCCCACUGGACGCCAUCCUUAACGCUCAGAGAAGCUCCUACCCCUGCAAGGACCACGAAAAGGUCAAGCUCUUCUGCCUCACCGACAAAAGUCUGGUGUGCUUUUUCUGUGACGAGCCGGCACUACACGAGCAGCACCAAGUAACCACUAUUGACGAGGCUUACGAAGAGAUACAGAGGGAGAUGAAGGAGCAGCUGGCCACCCUGCAGGACAGUGAGAAGGGACACACCGAGGCCCUGCAGCUCCUGCAAAGACAACUUACUGAGACCAAGUCCUCAGCCAAGAGUCUGCGCGCCACCAUCGGCGACGCAUUCGAGCGCCUUCACCGCUUCCUACGCGAGCGCCAGAAAAGCAUGCUGGAAGAGCUUGAGAUGGACACUGCCCGCAAGCUGGCCGACAUCGAGCACAAGAUCCAGCGCUACAGCCAGCAGCUGCGCGACGUCAAGGAGGGCAUCCAGAUCCUGCAGGAGCGCCUUAACGAGACGGAACGACACAACUUCCUGGAGGGAGUAGCCGUCACAUCUGAGAGGUGCUUCACCUGCUCUGAGUUUGCUAAAGCAGUCCCAGUGUCAUCACUGCAGUCCGAUAAGAAACUAAAUGUGGUUGUAAACACAUUAUCUUCAAGAAGGAUCAGGAUUAAAGGGAAGAUACAUGAGACCAAUCUGACGUAUGAAGACUUCCCGACAUCCAAGUACAUGGGGCCCUUACAGUACACAAUAUGGAAGUCUCUCUUCCAGGACAUCUCACCAGUGCCAGCAGCAUUGACCCUCGACCCCAUCACAGCACAUCAACGACUUAUCCUCUCAGACGAUUGUACCAUAGUGGCCUACGGGAACCUCCAUCCGCAGCCCCUGCAGGACUCCCCGCGCCGCUUUGACGUGGAGGUGUCUGUUCUGGGCGCAGAUGGCUUUUUGUCGGGCGUCCAUUACUGGGAGGUGAUGGUGUCGGAGAAGACCCAGUGGAUGAUCGGUGUGGCCCAUGAGACAGUCAGCCGCAAGGGCAGCAUCCAAAUCCUGCCCAGCCGCGGCUUCUACUGCAUUGUCAUGCACGACGGCAACCAGUAUAGCGCCUGCACCGAGCCGUGGACCCGCCUCAAUGUAAAGAGCAAGUUGGAGAAGGUGGGGGUGUAUCUGGACUACCACAAAGGCCUGCUCAUCUUCUACAAUGCCGAUGACAUGUCCUGGCUCUACACCUACCGGGAGAAAUUCCCCGCCAAGGUCUUCCCCUAUUUCAGCCCUGGCCAGAGCCACGCCAACGGCAAGAACGUGCAGCCGCUGCGAAUCAACACUGUACGCCUUUAGGAGCUGCACACAUCUGUGGUCAUGAUUGUCCUGACAGAUAAUGCACACAACUUGUGUAAGUUUUGUGUGUAAGUUUUAAGAUGAGAUAAGAAGUGAGUUUAAAAAUGUUUAAUGGGUGUCUGAAAUUUGAUUUAUUUCAGUUCAGUUAAGACUUGUGAUUGAUGUUGCUAUUAAAGCAACACUGUAACUUUUUCCCUCUUCUGUUGUGAGUUGUGGUUCCAAUGAGACAACCCGUAGGGGGACCGAAGAGUGAAACGGUUACAUAGUGCUGCUUUAAGACCUGAGCUGUUGUUGUUGCGUGACUUGAAAUGGCUAUACGAUAAUGGCCCGCACUUCAUUCCGUAUCUUUAAUUGAAAAGAUGAAAGGUAAUAAAGUCAAACAUUGCACACACUCCCAGGGGGCAACGCUCUCCUUAUCAAUCUCCAGACUUGUCAGACCUGAAAUCCCCUCUCUGUUCAAGCAAGAGGACACUGAAGACUGGUCACUUGUCUUCGCUGUGCUGUACAGUUGGCUUAGCUUUGUCUGUGGAAUGGGAUUGACAACACUCUGCUCCCUUUUUGGCUUUCGUUUGCCCAGCAAUCCACCCGGAUCUUGUCAAGUCUGUCAGUGCUUUUUCCUCCUGUCUAAGACCAGGAUCUUGGUUCCUCCUGCAGGUCACAGCCACAUGUGUCCGUUCAGUCAAGUAUGACUUGAUCACCUAGAACAAACUAAAGGUAUCAAAGUAGUUUAUAGGCUGCCCGUCCGUAUCAACUGCCCAGCCUACCCACUCAUAUUGGAAACGUGUGUUUGGAGGUGGACUUUGUGCAGAAAUAGGCUGCUACUGAUGGAGUAAGGACUUGCAUGUUUUUAUGUUGAGUAUCAAGGGUUAAAAGAACAAGUCUAUCAUCAUGCUGGCUCAUGUUAAGUUUCUGCUCCAAAACCCAAAGUAUGCUAGCCAUCAGCAUUCACUAUACCUGUGGGUUAUUGUCCACUUCAGUGUUGAAUUCAAAUUCUUUUCUGCUUUCAGUCAUGAUGUUUGAUCAGUUUGUCUUAAAAUCAAAAGAACAUUACAUUUUAUGAUUAAUUAAUGCCGUCAGAGUACAUAGCCUCGUGAGGCGGAGAUCUCCUAAUUGUAGAAGCAGAAUUUCUCAGAUGUGAAAAUCUAAGAGGUUAAAGAUUAAUUAUUACUCAAUUAUUUUUACAGAGACCAUCUGCCUUUCUUUUCAUAUAAUGUAUGUAAAGCUAUGUUUUGGAAAACUAUCAAGAAAAAUGAUGAUGGAUGGAUGGACUCUGGGGGUAAAUAUGUUAUUCCUGUGUGACUGGCAUUCCCAAGGCUCUCACUGUGUUACAUAAU